GUCAUUUCGUUCAGGUUUAUCUAUUUCUUGGUUGGGAAUAUUGGAUUACCGGAAAGAAGAUUGUAUUUGGCAAUAGUGAACAUCAAUGAAAAUGGUUCAAGCCAGUUUUCAUGGAAAUUGAAGUGCAAAUCAAAAGACUAAAAUGGAUUCGCAGGAAGCAAUUUCUAGUUUUAUGAAAAUGAAUGCUGAAAUUUAAUGUUAAAAUAUUUUGUUGAAAUUUUAAGAAAAGUUAGUACUGGUAAAGGUCAACAAUAUGGCAGAAUUUAUCUGUCCCAGAACUAGAAACUAUAAAGGUGAAAGAAAAGAUUUAGUCUUAUUAACGGUUGUUGUGCUAUUUUCUGUUUUUGAACUGUGCUGUUGUCAUGCAAGUGAAAGGAUAUAUCAUGUUCCAUUGAAGAGAUCCAUAGUCACAACAUUAAUGACAGGUUACUCCGUGGAGAGUGACAGACGUGCUAUUGAUAAACGUAGUGCUUCUAAAAAUUUAUAUGGUCACGCUGGAGAAGGCUAUUAUUUGGAAAUGUUGGUUGGAAGCCCUCCACAAAAGAUAAAUGUAUUAGUUGAUACCGGUAGUAGUAAUUUAGCUAUAGCAGCAUCACCAAGUCCAGAAAUAACAACUUACUUUCACAGAGAUCAAUCAAGCACUUAUGUGAAAGAUGGCCGUGAAGUACAUGUACCUUAUACACAAGGUGAAUGGUCGGGUGAACUCGGACAAGAUGAUAUAACCUUGACCUUCUUACCAAAUGUCACAUUCCGUCCAAAUAUUGUUUGUAUAACAAGUUCCCGUAAUUUCUUUAUAAAUGGAUCUGAAUGGCAGGGAAUUGUUGGUCUCGCCUACAGAGUUAUAGCAAGACCUGACAGUUCAUUGACACCAUUUUUUGAUACAUUGAUUGAAGAAAGCAAACUGAACAAUACAUUCUCUAUACAGUUAUGUGGACGUCCAUCGUCAGAUAUUAGCGGCGAUAUAUCGUCAUCUAAUGAUGACAGUAUGGGAGGUUCUAUGACUAUAGGAGGCAUAUCAAGUGACUUAUAUAAAGGUAAUAUAUUUUAUACACCUAUACAAAAAGAAUGGUAUUAUGAAGUUUUAAUAACAGAUAUAGAAGUCGAUCAAGCAAGUCUAAAUUUGGACUGUAAAGAGUAUAAUUUUGAUAAAACAAUAGUUGAUAGCGGUACAACAAAUGUUCGAUUCCCUGACAAAGUUUUUAAAACGCUUGUAGCUCAAAUAACAGCUAAAGUUCUUAAUAUAGAAACAAAAAUACCAGAAACAUUUUGGAAUGGUGAGGAAGUCAUAUGUUGGAAUGAUACUGACGUCCCUUUUAAUGCCUUUCCUACCAUAUCAUUAUCUUUCUUUAAGACUAAAAACUCUAUAUUUAAAUUACAUCUUUCACCACAAAAAUAUCUAAGACUUGUGACAGAUACAUCAUCAUUCAUGUCAGUUAUUUCAAAACUUGAUAAUAUCCCACAAAAAUGUUUUAAGUUUGGUAUCUCAAGUUCCGAAUCAGGAACAGUUUUAGGUGCUGUAUUAAUGGAGGGUUACUAUGUGAUAUUUGAUCGUGAAAAUAAACAGAUAGGUUUUGCAUCUACAACCUGUCCUGCUGUAUAUAACACUGGUUCUACUGAUACCAUACAGGGACCUAUUAUAGUUACAAAGAAUAUUACAGAUUGUUUCUAUGUGAAAUCCACUAAUGACCAGUCAGCUCUGAUGGUAGUAGCUUAUGUUAUGGCUGGAGUUUGUGCUCUCUGUCUACUUCCUCUUAUAAUCAUGGUUAUCCAGUGGCAAUAUAGACGCUCAUGUGGCAAACAGCCUGGCACAGACACAGAUUCCGGCAUUCUCAUCGACAAAUAGAUCAAACGCCAUUUGUUAAAGUUUUAAAAUAUCUAUUGUGCCUACUUGAUUUCAGCAUGUAGGAUGUGCUGCUUGUUGGUUAAACAGCUAUGUGACAAGACCAGAAUUGACCUGAUGUUGUAUGAAGUGUGAAGGUUAUAUGAUAAAUCUUAAUGACACUCAGCUAGUGUAUCCUGUUUCAACUUUAUCAUACAGUUAUCAGUAUUAUUACUCUAUAUCUACACAAUUCCUCAAAACAUAAAUCGUGAUUCUGUGACCAAGGUACAUAAUAAUAGUCAGAAAUGUGUGUUAAUCAGAUACUUUAUAAAAGAAUAUUUUAGUCUCUGUUGCAAGUAAGAAACAGGACCAAGCAUCAAAUUCAGGUUUGGAUUGCUACAUUUUAGUCAACCAUACCAGAUAAAUGCCUUAUUUUCAAACAGCUUUAAAAAAUGUUGAAAUUAUUAAGAAAUUUUCUCUUUUAGGUGUAAAUGUAAGAGCAGUUUUUAAAAAAGCCUUAUUUGACUGAACUCUGUGAAUAUUGUAAAAGUGAGAGUUUACCCACACAGGCCUUGUGCUAUGAUCAAAGAGGGGGGGUUGGAUGGCCGAAUGGUUAGCAAGUUCGCACUGUAUCAUGAGGUCUGUCGUUGAGUCAACUGGUGUGGUUUCGAUUCCCGGUUGUACGUGACAAAUAGUAGGGUUGCCUGUCCAACCCCAUGGGUUUUCUCUGGGUCCUCCGGUUUCCUCCCACUGCUAAAGACCCCUACGCGCAAUCGAAUUAAUGAAAUAAAAUUGAACCAUGUGUAGGGUGACCCACCAUAAAUAAAUAUCUCCAUAUAUCUCGACAAUUACGCCACAAUAUUUAGAUAUAUGCCAAGCCUCAAAUCAGUUUCACACAAUUAUAGUCACUAAAUAAACGAUCAUGUUGUACUUAAUAAGCUAUGACCAUUAAUCACGUAUAAAAAAUAGACUGAAAACUGGUUCCAAGAGUCGUCCAUAACAUCCAGACACUUUUGAGUAAAAGAUAGGUUACGUGCCCUUGUUUUGAAAUUAGUCUCGCUUAACCAGUCUAUCGACCAUUCUACAUCUGAUUGACAGGUCGGGAUAAUCAAGACUACUUUUUUUCGAAACAUAACAGAAAGCUAGAACAAGAAAUUGAAUUUAGAAAUAAGCACGUUAGGUAGCUCAACAAUCAUUUUAAGAAGCUUGUAAAAGUAAAAUGAAUCUACUGCUAGUAUCAUGUUCCUGUCUAACCCGAGUGAUUCAGAGAUAUUAUUUGUACUAAACCAAAAGAUGCCGCUCUUAACGGUACAGUUAAUGAUAAAGCGAUUUAAAAAAUGAAACAAACGUAAUUUCUAAAUCUGCUGUAAUAACCAAGAAGCUUAAUUUUACUGCUAUUCAAAAUCGUCAACAAUAAAUUUUUUACGGCUGUAAUAGUUGAUAGAUUUGUAGAGAAUUGCACGUGCCAUGGCUAUUUAUAGUAUCAUACUGUCAGAAAGUUGGUCUCGGCACGGCGAAUGUGCACGCUUCAGUGGUAGUCUCGAACUAUCAGCGGUGGACUGUAUUUCUGUGAGUACAUGGGUCAACCUACCAUGUGUUAGUCCCGAAAUGACCUAGUUUGUGUCGAGUGGAUGUUAAACCGCAUUUCCCCCUCUCUCUCUCUCUCUCGCUAUGAUCAAAGCCAUAGUCAAGUCGUAUUUGUUAUUUAGUGGUUGAAAUUUAUAUUUUACAGUUCUGUACCAACCUGACUAAUUUAAACGGGUAUAUAUCAUGCAGCUUGCAUUGGGUGAAAUUUUAUUCUACUCUUAUUUCAAUUUCCAACUGUCAAGGGAUCUUUAAUUUGCUGACGAUGGUAUAUUUUCCUCCCAUCCAAGCAACUAGACACCUUUUCACAGACAAGGGGAAACCAUGAGGGACUUUCCCUUCCAACACCAAGAUCGUACCUGGAUUCUCCUCUUGGUUAUUGAGUCUGUGCCAUAUACUCAUUGAGUCAUGGUGGCUUUUAUCCAAAGUAUCAUUCAAAUGUCAUAUGUGUGUAUAAUAUGUACUAGUACUCUGGCUUCAAACAUAUUUUAUCGUUUUUUGCUAAUUUGCAUUUAUAUAUAUAGCUCAUAGGCAUUGAUUAUAUUUUUUAUCACGUACAAUUUUAUGUGUGAUUUUAAGGAGAAGGUAAAUUUCUGAUGUAUGAAGGUUUAUUUGUUUUAAUUAAGUGUAUUUCUAUUCAUGUCUUUAUAUUUAUAUGUAAUGCUCAUAUUUUAUUGGAAGGCAUAAUCAUAUUCUAUCUUAUUAUGACAAUUAUUGUAAUUUAUUAUACAUAUGCAAUGAUAUAUUUGGUGUGAUAUACAUGUACAACAUUACCGUUUCAUUGGCUUGAAUGAAAAACGUAAAAGCGACGACCCAACUCUUUAAGUAGUAUUUUGAUAUGUAGAUGGUAUAGUAAAAUUAUAUAUUCACAUCAUUCUACAACAUUACACUGUCAUUGGCUGAAAUAAAACUCUUAAAGUUGCAAUUUCAUAUUUUCUAAGAAAGUCAAAACAUAAUUAUUUCUAUAUCUUUUGCUCAAUAGGUUGUCAACUCACUAUUAUACGAUCAUAGGUGUCAUUCUCACACUUAAAACUCAUUUACACCGGAAAUAAUGACACAUUACCUCCCAAUUACCUCCCUUGUUUUCUAUUCUCCACCAUGGAGUAGUUAUCUUCAAACGUUUGAAUUUGAAAAUGAAAAUGAUACUUUUGCCAAUUUCUCAACUGGCAAUAGUGAAUUAUAGGAUUAUUCUUUAACAAGGUAGGACUGUUUAUAGAUGCCAUCUAUUUUAAGGCUUUAUUUUAAUAAAUUUUAAAAAUAUAACUUAAAAAUAUGAAAUUGCAACUUUAAAGGCGACGAUCCAGCUAUUUUUAUAUUGUAACAAUAGCUAGACAACAAAGUGUCGGGAAAGGAUGUAUAAAUAAACAUUACAAAUAUAAGUAAUUGAAUGCAUUUAAUGUCUUAUUUAUCUGCUCGAUUCAGGCUAAUGAAGAUGGAUUACAAAUAUAAAUUUAUAUAUUAGAUAUCUCAUUUAAACAUGCGUCUAGUAUUUAUUGUAGCUAAGUUAUAAUUUUAUUGAAGAUAUGGCGGGAAAUGUAAUACAGAGGGUGAUCCCAAAAAAAGCAAAACCCCAUAAAAAUUUUAUUAAAUCCAACAAAGGUCCAGCAAAUUUCAAAUGUCUUGCCUUUGGUUGACUGAGACAUAUUGGUGAAGACUAUUGUUCCAAUAUUCCAUGCACAAAGUCAACUUGUAUACCCUGAAAAAAAAAAGAAGAAAAAUUAAAAUUAAAAGUUUUGUAGGUUCUGGGGUUUUUUUUGGUCACCCUGUACAUAUUGAUAGAUAAUGUCAAAUUUAAUAUUUUUUAAUCAAAUUGGCAGCGAUUGGACAUGUUUGUAACUGUUAUUGUUUUAAUUGUGAAAUUCAUAACUGAAUUAUGUUAUUUAAAGAAUUUUGUAUUAUGUAAAUAUCAACCUUUGAUCCAGAAGAAUGAUGUAUGUAAAACAAUAAAUAUUUUGAAAAUUACAUAUAAUGUAUAUAACACUAGUAUAAGACAAUAGAUUGUGGUAGAGAAUAAUUUGAUAGCAUUCCGGUUUAAAUUAAAUGUUGAUUAUGUUUAUUUUUUGGUAUAAUACAUUGUACUGAGAUUGAUUAUUUAAUAUCUAAUUAUGAAAACAAAAUAUCAAGGACAGAUAAUCUCAUUUACUAUAUCUUUGUAAAUACUGAAAGGAGUUGAACCACUGAUUUCUCUUUCAAAGAUUAAAUUUGCAAAGUAUUUUAGUUUUGCAAGGGAUUCAGAGUCCCUCAAACGACAAUCAGCUUUAAUGAUAAACUAGUUUUUUACCCGAUGCUUCAAGGGUUGUGCCCGUAGCUCCGAAACUAGCCUAAGUUUAUCCCUGGUUCGAGUAUGAUAUCAGGACCACUGGAUCUUAAGGAUCAUAUGACACCAGGGCAAUUGGAUCUUAAGGGUCAUAUACCAGGACAAUUGGAUCUUAAGGGUUAUAUGAUACCAGGGUCGUUUGAUACCAGGACAUUUGGAUCUUAAGGGUCAUAUGAUGCCAUGAUCAUUUGAUACCAGGGCCAUUGGAUCUUAAGGGUCAUAUGAUGCCAUGAUCAUUUGAUACCAGGGCCAUUGGAUCUUAAGGGUCAUAUGAUACCAGGGCCAAUAGAUCUCCGGGCUAUUUGAUACCAGACCACUGGAUCUCAGAAACUGAGCAAUAUAGAAAAGUAAUUUCCAAUGCUUUACAUGUAUGUGCUUUGGCUAUUUUAAGUCAAGAAUUGUGCUUAAAUGAGUGUAAUCUGAUAUUGUUAUUGUUAUAUAUCUCACAUGUAUAUUAUUAAAGAUAAUCUUGUAGGAAUGUAUCUUUAAAUAAAAGAUAAUGCACAAAUGAACAAAAUUGCUUCCAUUAAUAAAUAAAUUAAAUAUUGUAUUAUUUUAAACUCUGUAUAAAUAGGUGCAUGUUACCUUGCUGUCCCAUGAAUAAGACAGGGCCCAUGAGAGGGUGAGGGCAGCUGGGAGACUGAAAGGCCCGGAGAUAUGUAGAUUAAUGUUGGUAUAAAUUAAUAAAGACAAUACACUGUUA